AUGUCAGGCUGGGAUACGGCACUUCAGCAGUCCAUACUCGAAGUUGCGGGGGAUGAUGCUGGAAUUGCAGGGCUCCUAGACCCGGCGGCUUCCUCGGAAGACCUCGUGCUUGCAAAGCGAAAACCGGGUAGGCCCAAGGGCACUAAAGGCAGCCGCAUUGCUCGCUCUGAUGCUGAAGCUCGCGCGGCAGCCUCCAUGCCUGAUUUCGAUCUGGAUGCGUCUCUGGACCGUCGGGCCCAGCAGUUGGACCUACCUUCCUGGCAGAGCCACGACAGGAGCACAGAAAGGCAAUUGCAGCGAUGCGAGCAGCAGGAUUUGAUGUGGAGAGUUGGCCGGCAGUUUGGUUUGCUUCCAGCCGUUCUCCAGGCUGGCAGGCCCGUGCAGAAGACGGUGGUGCAAGCAUUGUGCCAUGCACUGGAUUCAGAGAAACAAAAUCUGGUAGACGUGAAACUGUCGAAGUCUGGGAAGGUUAGGGCCGCAGCAACUGACCCAGUCAAGCAGUCUGAAGCCGUGGAUCGUUUCCUGGACGGUACGGCCUUGACUUGCUCCUGCACUUCGCUGGCGAACAUACAUCAGUGUAACAGCUCGACACUCCAGAAGCAUUUGCUGGCGAGUGCAUGCAUUGUUGCUGAAUCCAGCAGCUUCAUGCUCGGGUCGAUGGUGGAGACGUGCCUCUCCGCGGCAAAGGCCCAGGGUCUUUUGCCGAUGCUUUUUGCAUUGCGAGUGCGGUAUGAUGAAACACCGACAAAAGUGCGACUGGUCAGUGCUUGUGACAAAAGCUUGCAGCAAAGUUGUGGCUUCGUGUUUGUCCCAAAGGCCGCAUCGUCAGGCCAAGCCCUUCAAGAUUUUGGUGCAAGGCAAGGCCUGGCCGUCGGUGAGUCCUGCACCCUGGCCAAAAUACUCCAGACAGAACUGGAACUUGGCAUGCUCUUCGCUUCGCCUGACAUGGGUGACUACUGGUGGGUUCGAUCCCCAAUCCCCUGUACGCUUUCCGCAAUGGAUCGCACUACCGGCGAAAAUGAGCGUGCAGCGGUGUGGGACCAGAUCUCCAGAGUUCCAGAAAUGAACCGCCUGGCGAGAACAUUCAAGUAUCGCAUGCGGCUAACUUGCACAGACCGUUACAGUGCAAACUACCGGUGUGAAAAGGGCUUGCAAUGCGAAGGUUUCAUGCCGAAAUUUGCCAAAGUCCACACACCGUGCGACUGCCACAAGGUGGCAACGUCGCUCAAGUGUGGCAUUGCAAACCUGGAGAAAGAUGUGAGCGGCUUGGUUAACAGUGCGCUGGUGAUGGCUGGGGAGGCUGGGGCUUUGCACAAGCUCAGAAGCCUCUUGUUCAACGUCAUCGCUGCGGAUCUGGAUAUCAAGAAGGAAAUGCCGCCUUCGAAUGUCCUGCUGGAAGAGUACAGAACAGAUAUGCUGAAGUUGUACCUUCCACAAGAGUCACUAGAUGGCACCAGGCGACAGCGUCACAGGAACCGGGAACGAGAGUAUGUCCUCAGAUCCUUCUUGAACGGUUAUAUCAACACUGACUGUGACGGUGUCCAGCAUUUCUGCGCUCCAGGUUGUUGUGAGGACCGGCAAGAAACCCUGAAAUGCAUAUACUUGUUUGUGGUACCAGCUUUGCUGCCAUCCAAGCUACCGGUGCUGUGCAGAAAAGGCUGGCACAAUCAGUGCUACCCUGUGGACUGGUGUGGUCUGCUGGAGGCGCACCACCGUCUCUUUUCACGCCUGUUGCUGGCCUUCGUGGGUUCGCCGCACAGAGACCUACAGGCAAGUGCUGCUGCUGCAACCGCUGUCGCUCCAGAGGAGGCCUUGGCGGUGGCAGGCUGGCUGUUGUGA